AUGGCAUCAUCGAAUCGUAUAUUAACAUCAGCAGACGUCAACGGACAAAAAUGGGAUCGAUGUUUAACCGAUGCUGUUUUUAAAACAGUAUCGGGUGUAGCAUUGGGAUUUGUUUUCUCUGCUCUUUUAUUCAAACGUCGACCAUGGCCUGUGUUCUUGGGAACAGGUAUGGGUAUAGGAAUGGCGUAUAGUAAUUGUCAAAAUGAUUUACGGUCACCAUAUGUUCAGUCUCAAUCAAUACCCAUCACUCGACCCGACCGACAUGUUCCGACAAAACCAUCAGAUAAUUGA